CUGCCGGUUCCGGCCUCCGCGGACGCCAAGGACAUCCAGAAGGCGGCCUCCGAGGCCGCGGAGGCGUUCCGUCCCGUGGACAUGGCGGACGACACGGGAGAAAAGCCGGCGGCUGACGCGGCGGUGGCGGAAUCGGAUAACGUGUUUUUUAUGGAUGAGGAGGCGGUGUUUGGGAUGCCGGGGCUGCUCACAAACAUGGCGGAGGGGAUGCUGUUGCCUCCACCUCACUGUAUGGAACAUGACUAUAGUAGUGAUGACGUGGAGGCUUAUGCUGACGUGUCGCUGUGGAGCUAUUCAGCUUAAUUAAGCUUCCUUAUCCAUUCCUAGUAGUAGUGUGAUAUAUGGCUAUGACGUGUAAAAAAGGUUGUCACAUCACAAGGCUUCCCAUUUUGGUUUGGAUUUAAUAUUUGGCUAGGGAGAGAAUUUAGUGUUCCGUACUUGAAUUUUUUUUGGUCUUGUACGGAUACUGCUAUACUAUUAUUAGUAUUAUGAUGAACUAUCCAAGGAAUAAUGAUGAAAAUGUAUGCGAGAGAGUAUGUGGGAAUUUGCAAAAAUUGUAUGUAGGCAAAAGCCAUGUACUAUACGUCAAAAAAAAAAAAAAAAAAGCCAUGUACUAGUAUUAAAGUUUUAAGAUAUUUUCUCCACUACGUCUAAA